AUGGUGUCGCGAUUUAAAACUGUGUUUAUGAUUCAAGCAAAUGGGACCUUUGGUUCCUCCUUCUCUUCCAAGGUCAUUUGGGAGUGUAUUAGAGUCCUCUCUCCGGUGGAAUCUUGGCACAAAGCCAUUUGGUUUAAGGAGUAUAUUCCUCGAAAUUCUUUCAUCUCCUGGCUGGCGCUUAGCCGUAGGCUCCCAACACGAGAUAGGCUAAGAAGUUGGGGUCUUAAGGUCCCGGAGCAGUGUGUCCUCUACUCUGCUGCCGUAGAAACCUACCAUCAUCUCUUCUUUGAGUGCCAAUUUUCAGCAAGCAUUUGGACUUUCUUUGCAGAAACAGUCUGGCCUAACCCACCUCAGGACAUUCAUUCUGCUGCGGCUUGGAUUUGUAUGGCCAGGAAUUCUUCUUCACCUCAGGCUAGGUGUAUCAUAAAGCUCAUGUUCCAGUCAGCCGUCUACUUGAUAUGGAAGGAAAGGAACAAGAGGAUCUUCACUUCUGUCUCCUCAUCUGCUAACUCCAUUCGUUGUGCUGUUGACAGGCAGAUCAGGGACCGCCUCCUAUCUAUCCCAGCCUCUCCCCGCAUUCAGCUUUCCAUGUUGCAGUUCUUCUUUGCCUGCACUAGGCCGCCUUGA